AUGCCAGCACCCACAGCAUUGCAGCGAGCGCCUGAAGAACUUGCAAGCGAGGAGACAGUCUACGAUGCGCCACAACCAGCUGCAACAGAAGACCAAAUGCUUCUAGUCGCAGCCCCAGCAGAGGGCGAAGCACCACCGGAUACACAACUCAAUCAGACCAUGGACGUAGAAGGCUCAACAGAAACACCACUCUUCGCACCCGAGAACCCCUCCCGCCUCGCCCACCGAGUCGAAGAACGCAAGAUCCGCAUCCCACCCCACCGCAUGACACCCCUCAAGUCAUCCUGGCCUAAGAUCUACCCACCGCUUGUCGAGCAUCUCCGACUUCAAGUUCGCAUGAAUAUACCCAAGAAGGCCAUCGAGCUUCGAACAUCCUCUCACACCGCAGAUACAGGCGCAAUACAAAAAGGCGCCGAUUUCAUACAAGCGUUCUGUCUUGGCUUCGAUCUUGACGAUGCCAUUGCACUACUACGGUUAGACGACCUCUACAUCCAGUCCUUUGAAGUGAAGGAUGUAAAGAACUUGCAAGGCGAACACUUGAGUCGUGCAAUUGGCCGCAUAGCGGGCAAAGAUGGGAAGACAAAGUUCGCGAUCGAGAAUGCGAGUAGGACGAGGAUAGUGCUUGCGGAUCAGAAAGUGCAUAUCUUGGGUGGAUUCAAGAAUAUCCAUGUGGCGAGGGAGGCGGUAGUGAGUUUGAUUCUGGGGAGUCCGCCAGGGAAGGUGUAUGGGAAUCUGAGGACGCCUGAUGAGGUUUGA